AUGCCUCCUCCUGGUGUGUGUUUAAGUGUCCUAUCUGAACGUAGUAAGAGACACGGUCAGGGGUCUCAUGAUGCCCCUCUGAAAUUCAUGGACCAAGACUUCAGACAUCUGCAGCAGCAUUGUCUCAUGAACAAACUAUGGUUCACCGAUGGCAUGUUCCCCCCAGACAGAAAGUCUAUUGGUCAAGGGGUACUGAGUCCUGACCUGCUUCCAAGAGUCAGGUGGCUGAGACCACAGGAAAUUGUUUCAAACCCUUGCUUCAUUCUGAAAAAUACGUCAAGGUUUGACUUUGUUCAGUCAAGUUUCUUGGGUAACUGCUGGUUUCUAGCGUCUCUUGGAUCACUGACACUUCAUAGACCAGUAAUGGAUCAUGUUCUUCAGACUGGACAGACAUUUCAAGAUAAUUAUGCUGGGAUUUUUCGCUUCAGGUUCUGGCGAUUUGGAGAAUGGGUUGAAGUUGUGAUUGACGACAAGUUGCCCACACUUGACGGAAAACCGAUCUUUGCUCAUUCAAAAAAUCUAAAUGAGUUCUGGCCUGCUUUGCUGGAGAAAGCUUAUGCCAAGGUCUGUGGAUCUUAUGCAGACAUGGAUAAAGGUAACAUGAGUGAAGCACUGAUGGACUUCACUGGUGGACUGGCAAUGACCUUUCAGCUGAAUGAGCCACCAGAGCAACUAUGGGAGCUAAUGUGUAGAGCAGGACAGUCUGAAUCUCUGAUGGGUUGUGUCACUCCUCCAGGGGCAAGUGCAACAUGGAAUAACAGCUUGUUGCCCAAUGGUCUUGUAAAGGAACACGCUUACACGAUCACAGGCGUCAUGGAAGUAAUAAGCAACAGUCGCCCAGUUAGACUGGUGAGAAUAUUUAACCCCUGGGGCUGUAUGGAGUGGACCGGUGACUGGAGUGACCAGUCACCAAUGUGGAAAACAGUGAAUGAAGAAACUCAAAAAUUCAACAAUAUAAUUGACAACGGCGAGUUCUGGAUGUCCAUGGAAGACUUCCUGAAAAACUUCACAGAGGUGAAUAUUUGCAGUCAAAGCAUUGAUGUAUUAGCCGGCACUCCUGCCAGUCACUGGACAUCUCAAUUCCAUCAUGGCAGAUGGGUAGUAGGAACUACAGCAGGUGGCUCUACUAAUGACCUAGACAAUUUCUGGAAAAAUCCUCAAUAUUGUGUCAGGCUCACAAAGAUGGAUGAUGAUUCUACAGACAAGGAUCCAAACAUCCUUGUGUCCCUCAUGCAGAAGUCUGACAAGAGACACAGGCAUCUAGCAGCUUAUUUCCACAUAGGCUUCAGCAUUUAUGAGGUGCCAUCACAUCUAAAGGGGCAGACAGCAAAGUUCCCUGCAUCUUUUUUCAAAAGACACCCUCAUGUUGCGCGAACCAAAAAAUAUCUGAAUGCUCGUGAGGUGACUGAAUCCUUCAGACUAAAAUCUGGUGCGUAUCUUGUUGUCCCAUCAACCUUCAAUCCAGACGAGACUUCUUCCUUUAUCUUGGCCGUCUUCUCAAGGACAAACGCCCAGACCAUUCCUGCUAAUAAUUGGGCUGAAAAUGAUCAGAGAGCAUCACUAUUUCUUCAGUACACAGAUCAGUAUGAGGAAGUGGAUGCAGAACAACUUCAGAAAUUGUUGAAUGAAAACCUUCUAAGUGGAUUUCCACAGAAAAAGGCAAACUUCAGCUUGGACUCCAGCCGCAGCAUUGUUGCAGUGAUGGAUCUGUCUGUCUCUGGACGACUUAAUGAAGAUGAAUUCAUACGUUUGUGGAAACGAGCAGUCCUGUACAGGGACAUCUUCUAUUGUAUGGAUGUUUCUCGGACGGGAAAUCUAUCAAUGAAUGAACUGAGAAAUGCACUCCAGGCUGCAGGGUUUGGUCUGAGUGAUCACAUGCUGAACCUCAUGGCCUUGCGUUACGGUGGCUCAACUGGGGAAAUGUCACUGGAGAGCUUCAUUUGUCUAAUCUUGCGUAUGGAGUCUAUGGCCAAAAUAUUCAAAAAAAUUGCUGCUGGAGGAGAGAUGCAUCUUGGAGAAAAUGAGUGGAUGUAUCUCACCAUGUACUCUUGA